ACACACAUUUUCCCCCAGUUCCGAUCUCAAUAAGUUAUUGCAAAAUUCCACGAAAUUAUAGAGUUAACGUUAACAAGCAUUAGUGAACACAAGACAAGCAACAAUUCGAAAAUGUCAGAAACAUCGAGCGAAUCAGAUAAUUUAGAUUUAGAAAGUGCGACAACGAUUUUGAACGAUAUUAAGAUAUCCUCCAGCGCUACAGCGGAGGUAACACAAGUAAAAGAACAACAGCAGGAGGUGGAGGCGCUACGAGCAGACCAAACAUUUGUCAAGCAACCCAUGGCGCAGACGGCUAACCAUGAUCCCUUUCCGUCUUUGGACACCUUGAAACUGCGUACUCAGAAGCUGUCUGCCCGUCUCCAGCAGGCGCAAACUGAGAUGUCUAGUCAGAGCUCAGACUCUGCGACCAUCGAGCACAGAGCCAAGCAAUUUAUGCGGAUUUAUGUGCCGUCGCCGUCUCUGACAUCGUCGACAAAAAAGGAACAGCGACCCCAACCAAUAUUACACCAACACUCUCCCACUCCGAUCCAAGCAGCACCGCAACGACAGUUAGCUAACAACUUAAUUGGUUUCGGAGUGCAGCAUCAGCAACAUCAGCAUCAGCGAGCCGCUCCUGUUGUACCAAUGUCCAUGAUACCGAUGCAGCAUUUCCCCUAUCCUGUACAAUCACAGAACUAUGCAUUGACCAUGUCAUUGGCGACCCAGAUGCAGUUACAAAGAUCCACAUUGGCAGCAUCCGCGGCACUACCCCAAGCGCAGCGCAGGCCCAAAAAAAAUAAAAAGGCGCUAUCUGGCGAGAUUACGGCCUUAAUAGAGCUCGUGCAAACAUUAGCCACCAUUAGUCCCGAGGUGAAUGCACGUGCCCAACUCCUUAUUAAUCAAAAUAAGGUGCUCUCCCAGCUGGACUGGCCCAACACAGGCGCAAAUGCAGCACCACAAUCGGCAGUGCCGCCUGCACGCUUAUAUGGCAAUACGUUGCCUGGCCAGCCAGGACAAGCAACUUUGAACCCAAUGCGACGCAUCGACGGCGGCAGCGAACAGCCGCAGAGACAGAUACUGCCCCAACAAGCCCAUGUUAAGCAGCAUCCGCAGCACCAUCAGCAUUAUCAACAGCACCACAAUGGGAGACGUUCCCGUCGUGAAUCAGAACGUUCCAGCACAAGUAACAGCAGUGCGCUCCCUGUGGAUGGAUCGGCAGCUUCUCAGUCGCCUCGCAAGCGUAAACGCAACCGUAAAAAUCGUGACAGUGGUGUUCAAAAGAAUACGCCACGUACUUUGGCCACCGAAUUGGAGUCUAUGCGCGCCUAUAUCAACAGGAUUGUGCAGAAUUAUGCUGGCGCUGAGCAGCUACUGCCACGUGAACUGCUUUUCACUGGGGACUUUAGCGAUCUUGAGGAAUAUGCACAGCGCCUUGUGGCGGCUGGCUAUGGACGCAUAGUCGAGGACGAGAUUCGUGUGAAUCGUAAGAAUAAUCGCCACGCGUUCAUUACAAUGUCCAACGACCGUGAGACAUUGGAACGCGAUGGUAUUGUCUUAUUGCCGGUUGCACGACGCUAUGCGUUCGAAGGAGACACCGUGCGCGCUUUUGUGCUUAAUGUUGGAGCUUCUGUAUCUAAGUUGACGGAAGGAUCGGGUACAAUAACUGGUGGCAACACUUCUCUAUCUCUGGCUGAAGAUGAGGAGCUGUCUGAUGAGACGGAAUCACAGGACUCGGAUGCAGACAAUGUGGCAGUCAUAACGUCAGAUAACUGUCCGAAGGCUUUCGUCAUAUCAAUUAUCAAGCAAACGGAACUGCGUCAAAUAGUCGGCACCAUAUCCUUCACCAAUCCCACAAAGCUCAGCAACGAUAAUCUUUUUUACAAGUUCCGUCCCCACGACUUGCGCGUGCCGAUGGUCUACGUAGCACAAGAGAGCUGCGCCAAGCACAUCGGCACCAAACAGCCAGAGGAAGUCUGCGGAUUGCUCUAUCUGGCGCAUAUUCUUGAGACGGACUGCAAUGGCCAUUGUAUUGCAGAGCUGCUGCAGCCGGUGGGUCGAGUUGGCAACCUCGAGGAUGAAAAAAAGGCUAUACUCAUUCAUAACGGCCUUCGGGACAUUGUGCCCUUUGAAGAGCGCUUUAAUGAGAUGUUUGCGAAGCCAGGGCCACCGCCAAAUGAAAAAGACUUAAAAGGGCGUGAGGAUUUGCGUAAAAACUGCAUUUUCACCAUUGAUCCGCUAACAGCGCGCGAUCUGGACGAUGCGCUCUCCAUUGAAAAAAAAGGUGACAAUUGCUUCGAGGUUGGUGUGCACAUUUCGGAUGUCUCGCACUACUUGCCGGAGGACAGCGAGCUAGAUAACAUAGUGAAGCAACGCUCCACAUCCAUUUAUUUGGCCAAUGAAGUUAUACACAUGUUGCCUCAGCCACUGUGCUUGCGCUGUUCGUUACUGCCGGGGGAGGAUAAGUACACCUUCUCCGUGUUUUGGCAGCUGAAUGGAAAUGGAGAGAUGCUCAACAAGCCGCGCUUUACGCGCAGCAUUAUCAACUCUUGUACACAAUUUGCGUACGAGCAUGCUCAGAAAUUUAUCGAUAAUCCUCGCGAGGACUUCAACGACGACGAAUUUCCAACCAUCCUGAAUGGCUUCGGCGUCCAGGAUGUGAUGAAUCGUGUUCUCUGGCUGCACGGCAUAGCGAGCAACAUGCGCAAGCAACGUUUCGUGAACGGCGCACUCACCAUAAACAACGCCAAGUUACGCUUUACACUCGAUCCGAUCAGUGGUGAGCCGGAAGGUUUCGAGGUGGAGCAACAACGCGAGGCUAAUCGCAUGAUUGAGGAAUUUAUGCUGCUGGCAAAUCAGGCGGUUGCUCGUUUCAUCCACGACCGAUUCCCAAACAUUGCCGUGCUCCGAAACCAUGCGCCGCCACUAACGAAAUCAAUGAAGGCACUGCGCGAAAAGCUCCUGCCUCUGGGCUAUGACUUGGACUAUAGUUCAUCGAAGGCGGUGCAGGAGAGUAUGGUGCGGAUUUGUAGCAUGGCUCCCGAUCCAGUGGCAAUGAGCGCGUGUCUCAGUCAACUGCUGAUGAAGCCAAUGGCGCGCGCCAAAUACUUUUGCAGCGAUGGUAAAACGGAUGAGGCCGACCUUUGGCAUUAUGCACUGUCCAUACCCAUUUAUACCCAUUUCACAAGCCCCAUUCGACGCUAUCCGGAUAUCUUGGUGCAUCGACUGCUAGCUGCCGCACUGAACUAUUGCCCAGCGCCUAUGCGUACUCCAGAUGAGCUGAGUGCGCUUACGAAAACUGCCAACGAGCGCAAAUAUAAUGCCAAGUCGGCUGGUGAUGAUUCAAGCAAUUUGUACUUCAAGCGCUAUGUGAAGAACAAACAGAUAAUAUAUAUGCGAGCAGUAGUGAUUGAAAUUUUCCAGCACAUGCUAAACGUCGUCACACUUGAAUCGGGUCAUGUGGUUGCCAUCAAAUACAAGAUGCAAAAAUUGGUUGUGGAUACUCAGAAUGCGCCGAACUUUAUUCUGAUAUCAGAACGUAACUCGAAGAUGCCCCCAGCCAAGGUCCAGCUGCUCUCAGUUGUGACCAUUCGCUUGACCAUAUGGGACAAUAAGCUUACCGGCUUUCUCGUUGAUUCUCGGACACGCAGACACGGAGCACAGAACGAGGUGGGGAAAUGGCGAGCCAGCAGCGAACAGCCAAGUGCUGGUGCAGCAUCCUAUACCAACACUAGCGCCAUUACCAAAACAAACCAACAGAAGCAGCAAGCAUCUCACAGCAAAGGCAAUAGCAACAGCAACAGCAACAAAAACACUGCCAGCACCAACCACUUCCAUGGUAGAAUAAUAACACAGAGCAAUAAUAACGUCAACAAUAAUAGCAAUAACAGCCACACUACACAAUCACACGGACACAAACAACGCGUCUUCGCCAUGCGACAGGACAGUUUAUAACCGCAAAACGUUCAAAUUUUUGUUCAAUGGGCACACGCUGAUCUGAGCUCUAUUUUUAUCAUGUUGUAUCAGCAUUGUCAAUGAAAUUGACUUCAUUGGAUGCCUGCACAUCCUACCCGCUAAUGUUUCUCUAAAUUUCGUACGUUUAAUUUUCAAAAGAAAAAGUCACUGCUCUGCACAUGCGAGUAACAUUUGAAUACUUUUUGGCACAGCUUAAAAAUUUAUUCUGUGAUGCAUAAUCUAAUUUUAAGAUAUAACUGCGGGUAUUUUGUAUAAUAAUGCAAGUAAUAUGCGCAAAGCAUCAAAA